AUGAAGAGGGAGAAGAAGCAGGCAAGCUAAUUACUUUCUAAUAAGGAGAAAUCAAAAUUUAGGCUUACGAGCUCUUGUGGUUGGGAUGAGAUAAUUUUGAAGAUAGUUAAUUUAUUAUUUCGUCAUUUUUUGUCACUUUUUUUGAAUUUACCAGCUCAUUUGAAUUAUUAAUCUAUUCUUCUGCUAAGUCGCUUAAUGUUAAGAGAUUGGCUUAAGAAAGUCCUACCACCUCCUUUACUUAUUAAAUCUUCAAUAAAGACGCAUUAUUCAACUACUCUAUAUUGCAAAAGUUUUGGCAGUGGUUAUUUCUAGUAUUUUGAUCUUAUUUUUCCUCUUCUUUUCACGAUUUUUAAAUUGGUUUUAUAAAUGCAAAUUACUGCUUUAUACAUUUCAUUUUUAUCUCUAAUACAAAAUAAUCCCUUGUAAUGA